AUGACCAUCAGCUUCGAUGAAGAAGAUGGAGAUGAGGAAGUGGACCGCCAUGAUGGACUAGUCGUCUCCCUGACUAUCAGCAAUUGUUUGAUGAUGAGAGUGCUGAUAGAGAUUGGCAGCUUAGCCAAUAUCAUGCUCAAAAAUGCCCUUGAAAGCAUGGGAUUGCAGGAAGUAGAUAUCAUCAAGAAGGCAAAUGCCCUGUAUGGAUUCAGAGGCGAACCAACUAGGACCCUUGGAGAGAUCACCCUGCCCACCUAUGCCAAAGGAGUCAACCUGCAGACAAGAUUCAGUGUAGUGGACUGUCCCUCAACAUACAACAUCAUCAUGGGGACACCAUGGAUUCACAAGAUGGAAGUUGUGCCCUCUACAUAUCACCAGACCAUCAAAUUCCCCAUCAAAUGGGGAGUGCAUCAAGAAAUCAAAGGCGAUCGUAAGUUGGCCUGA